GAUUUGUCCAGCGCAUUCUCGAUAUUGCCUGCUUUCUGGCUUGAUCAUUUAGGGUGUAGGAUUCACCAUUCUCUCUUCUACACACACCAUCCGCGUCGGUUCCCUUCUUUCAGUACCUUAUCAUAGUAGCAUUUCUACCUAUGAUGCGCCUCUCGUCCGCUACAGUACUGGCAUGCGCCCUCGCCCUUCUUACUCCUCUCGUCGAAGCUGCGACAGCUAGACCAAAAGGCGACUUUAGAGAGUGCAUAGAGAUCACUCCUAACUGCCCUCUGGAAGCGACGUUAUAUGGAUACUCCCCUAUUCUUAGCGUCAAUGCCUUCUUUGUCGCCAUCUUCGGUCUUUGUUUCGUCGCGUCCCUAGGAAUUGGAAUUCUCAACAGAACUUGGACCUACACCAUCGCCAUGGGGAUAGGGACUUUGUUCGAGGCAGCCGGAUAUGGCGGUCGCUUGAUGAUGGUCGACAACCCAUGGAGCGAGUCUGGGUUUCGCUUGCAAAUUGUGUGUCUCGUUCUUGGACCAUCCCUCAUCGCUGCAGCCAUAUACCUCACCCUCAAGCACUUUGUCCUGUACUGCGGGCCUCAAUACUCGCUCAUCAAAGCUCGUCUGUACCCAUGGGUCUUCAUUGGAUGUGACAUUGGUUCAAUUGCACUGCAAUCCAUCGGAGGUGGCCUGGCAGCUGCGGGAGGCAAAAACAAUUUCCGUCUCGUCAACGCCGGCAACAACAUGAUAGUGGCGGGUAUCGCGUUUCAGGUCGCUACCAUGGCGGUGUGUGGACUUUUGAUGGUUGUGUACAUUUUGCGAUACCGCAAAAGCGCUCGAAAGGAUACACUGGACGAGAAGAGCAGUUACCAAAUUCAAAAGGAGCAGGGCACCGUGGCAACGUGGAAAGUCAAGGUCUUUGGGAGCAUGGUGGUGUUGGCAUACACAACAGUCCUCAUUCGGUGCAUCUACCGCCUGCCCGAGAUGGCUGGCGGCUGGGGCAAUCCAUUAAUGCGCAACGAACAAGAAUUCCUCUUGCUCGACGGAAUGAUGAUCGCUAUUGCGUGUGUGGCGUUGACCGUUUUUCACCCUGCAUAUUACUUCCCUCCAUUUGCCACAUUCCGAAUGCGGUAAUUAUGGCGAGCAGAAAGUCCUAUCUCCAUACAAUAAUACCCUUGACCUUUCCUUUUUACUUUUCCAAAUCCUCUAGACGCACUUUUGAACACGAUUUACAUCUAUUGCGUAUGAUUGUCCUUUCGGUGCCGGCUCCUUCUGUUCCAGACGACUUCUGCGGAUGGGUGGUCAAUAUAAUUCAAUGACGAGUUUUCGAGGACAGACGUGGUAUAUCCAUGACCAUCAAUGUAUCAAUUUGUAAUUAAAAGCGUUUUGGCACGGGCACCACCAUCUAUUGGUACUAGAAUUCUCACAAACAGUAUAUACAAUUCACAGCAAGCUUAUGUUCUCCAUCCUCCUAGUCGGUACUACUUCAUUGCGUCAUUGACCAUCAUACACUUGAUGUUGUCAUUGGGGAAUCAGAAAAUGUAUGUUGCGAAUAUAGAAGACGACAGACGU